AUGGAUGAAUCCGUCGAGCCUGAAUUCAUGGCCCCUGUCCGAGCCUCGUCGCCCUCCCCCUCCAUCCCAGCGACGCCGGCUAUCUCCUCCUGUCCGUCACCAGAUCGUACAUUUUCGACCAUUUCCUCUCUGUCGACUUCUUCCGCCACUUCCGCUGAUGCCAGGUCUUCCGUCUCUAUCUCAUCCAAGCGACGAGGAUACAUUCGCCCUCAGGGGGUUGAGUUUGCGGAGUCCGCCAAGAACCGGGAGAGCGUCAUGAGCCUGGGUAGCAUCGCUCAUCUGCAAUACUACUUUGCACGAACUGGUCUAUUGGACGGCAAAGGUGCCCAGGCUCGGGAAUUCAAGAAGAAGAAGAAGCCAGAGGAUAUGCCGCGACUCCUCUUGACCCCCAAUGCUCGGUUUAUCGAUGACUUGACUACCAGUCCCACGAGUGCCAGUCCCACCGAUGACGAAAGUGAAAGUAUAGAUCCCAGGGAGGAGGUGUAUGACGAGGAGGUUGAAGUCAUGCUGCCUCCUACGGUCAGCACUUACAGUAUCAAAACGCACCACAUCCCGCCGCCACCUAAACUCAAGGCUCUGCGGAAGGAUCUGCGGGACGCAUUGGAGAAAGCCGAACACAGUAUCGAAUCGAUGGAUGCUCAAAAGGACCCGCCGGCGGAGAUGAUCCCCCCGCGGAUUAGUCUUUCGAGUGACGAUACGCCCGAUACUGCAGAAGACCCCUCGCGUCAGGACCCUGCAGAAGCAACCCCGCAGACCUGGCAAGAGAUCCAGGGCAUGCGGGUCCUUGACACUGUCACUUUUGCGAUCCGAGCCGCUAAGAUCUAUUACACUGCGCAUGAACGGCCCGAUCGACUGGCAAAGAUCAAAAGCGAGCGCGAAAUCCGACAAGAGCUGUUCAAUGUGCUGGAGGUCCUGAAGCGGUGGGCCUCCCGAAACUUUGCGGAUGGCCUUCGCGAGGAUGAGCGAUCUGGCAUUGUCGGAUGGAUGGCCAAUGUACGUGACAUGUUGGCCCGGGAAGCUCAACUGGAAUCAUUCGAAGCCAAAGAACGAGCCGCUUGGAUCUGGACCGAGGGUGAGUGGAUCGGUAAGGAGCGGGAACGCGAGACUUUGUUCCUGCGUAGUCUGAUCGGCUCCGACGCGCAGCUGCCGACAUGGACUGCGCCGGAGGAUGGCUCACCGCCACCCGCCAUGCUGGAACGGCUGCGCGAUGGACGCGACCUGGUGCGCGCCCAUAACUUUGCCGUCAAGAACUCGAAGCGGCCGUUCCUUGACAUCAAAACGUACCAUCAGGACGUGGCCAAGCCCUACCGGCGUGCCGAAAACCUUCGUUUCUGGGUGAAGGCGGCAGAGCUCCGGUGGGAAACCAAGCUGGAGCUGGAUGUGAUGGGGAUCGUGCAUGGCAACAGUGAAGAGGCCUGGAAACAGUUCGACCAGGCUCUUCUGGCCUGGUGUAAAGUGGUGCGCGAAGAGCUCGUGCGAGACUGGCGCGAGAGGCGAGCUUCAGCAGCGAGCCUUCCACCCGACGAUCUGGUGGUGCGGCCGAUGUGA